UAGUUUGUUGUGUACUCGCGAGUUUUAUUGGAUUGCAAAGUGCAUCAUGGCGAAAAGCGAAGCCGGCACGGAGCUGCUGGUGCCGGCAGUGUCGGACGCCAUACUGAAGUACACGUGGCACAUAAGGAAGUACGCAAAGUGCGCGAAGAAGGACUCGCACGACAGCCCCGCGUUCGACUUCAACGUGAACGGCAUGCGGACGCGGUGGAACCUGUCGGUGCGCUACUGGCGCGGGCCCUCGGGCCGGCGGCUGGCCAACCCGGCGGUGCUGUGCCUCAACCUGCUGGCCAGCCGCGUGCGGGCGGCCGAGCAGGUGCGGGUUCGCUUCCAGUUCGCGGUGCGCGACGCGCGGCUGGGGCGCUGGGAGACCUGCCCCCUGAGCCGCGUGGCGCUGCAGCUGCAGGACAGCAGCGAGAUGCUCUCCGUGGGGUACCGCGACCUCAGCAUCCUGGAGCGGCACCUGGCCCGCCCGUCGGGCGACCUGCAGGUGUCCGUCAAACUGCAGGUGGUGCCGACGGACUGCCAGCCGUGCAGCCUCGCGCAGGACAUGGGCGGUCUGCUGGAGGCGGGCGAGGGCAGCGACGUGUGGCUGGUCAGCGAGGACGGCCGCCAGUUCCCCGCCCACGCCAGCGUGCUAGCCGCGCGGUCCCCCGUGCUGGCUGCUCUGGUGCGGGAGGGGGGCGGCCGGCCGCGCCUGCCCGGCGUGCCGGGCGACCUGCUGCAGGAGGUGCUGCGCUACGUCUACACCGACCGCGCGGAACACCUGGACGCGCUCGCCGGGCAGCUGCUGGCCGUCGCCGACCGCUUGCGGCUGCCCGGGCUGAAGGCGCUGUGCGAGCGGGCCCUCGUGGAGACCCUCGCCCUCGGGAGAGCGGCGCUCGAGGCCGUGGUCGACCCGGAGGGCCUGGGCAGCUCCGCGUCCUCUGGCCUCGACAGCAUCGCCAGCGACACGGACCUGCUCCCCUUGUGACGCCGGCUGCGCACCAAGUUCGCGAGGAUGCUCCCGUGUGUCUUCGUCACCCGAGUCUGACGGACCGCUUCGGCCACGACACACCGGCAAAUUGUUUUCUUCUAGCAAAUAAACAUUCCUUUUGCCCUAGUGAACUAUCUGCAGUAUAUUUAGUUUGCUUACACUUUACAUUUUUUUUUCCAAUACUGUCAUAGACUUUUGUUUUAUAUACCGUCAUGUCAAACCUAUAAAUAGUAAAGAAAACUUCUAAAAUUUUCAACAUAACAUCAGUACCAAACAUAUAGUUAUGACAUAAUGUUGAAGCUUUACUUCUGUGCAUCUUCCUAUCACUGGAAUUCUCAAGUCAGCUACAGGUAAAGCUCUGAUGACUAUCAUUGAUUGUAUCUCAACUUUUUCAGCCCGAGCACAUAGUUACAUGAAGUAUUUGAUGAAAACAUCACUUAAAAGCAUGAGUAUAGUUUAAUGCAAACAAAAAAAUUUAAGCCUAAUGGCAUCAGAUGGUCUGAAAACCAUAUAGUAAUAAGUAAACAUCUACUUUGACCGUACUAUUUAUACAUACAUAAUGAAACAUGUCAUUAAUACAACAAAGAAUUGUAGUGCUUAUCUAGGCCUCUAAUAGAUUAAAUAAUAGUUUUAUUGUUAGUAAGCAACAAACAAAAAUAAGUAUAUAUACACUGCUAUAGCAAAUAACUUAAUUCACUGCAAUACAUAUAAUGUCCAGUAAUGAUAAAACUUAUGUUUUUUUUUAAAUAGCAGUGUUCUUUUCUCAAAUAAUUCAAUUUUAAAUAUGCAUAUAUAUGCAUAAUACACUUUCAAAAUUAUAUGAGUUAGUAUAUUUAUUUAUACACAUCCCAUACAUAUGCACACAAUGUGCUCAUUUUUAAGCAUAAGUAUGGUUAGUAUGGCAUAAGCUUUUUCGAUUUUGUCACAUGUGAAAAAACUUACACUUCUACUGAUAAAGAAGCUUUACAUAAGGCUCAGUCUAACAAGCAAUGUUGAUUUUUUUUUUUUUUAGUUUUUUUCAUCUUUCAUUUUAUCGAAGGGCUUUUUCUAAAAUUUUAACCUGGCAUGUCCCUUGCAUUUGUUGUCUUCCACAAAUAUUUUCAACUUAUAUUCACUUAGUGAAAUGUCAUGGGUGUAAAGCCACAUAACUGAUGAUAAUUAAAAAAAAUUGCAUACCUUUUUACACUCACAUUACACUAAGUUAAUAUCUGUUGAAAAUAUUUGUUGCAGAACAAAUAAUGCAAAGGAAGUUUUGAGUUACAAUUAUACAAAUACCCCUUCAAUAAAAUUAACGAUGAAAAAAAUAAAAAAUAAAAAAAUAACAUGGCAUGAGAGACCUUCACCUUAAAUACAACUGUAGCUAGCACUAUAAGUAAACCAUCAUACAACAACUGAUUAUAUGAUUCUUUUACAUGGUUGAAACUCAUUUAUAAUAUAAAUCCUAAGUAGUGUAUUUAUACAGAGAGAUUGCUUUAAGUUUGUUUCUGACUAUUAAAAUAUCUUAGGCUGACACAUGUAAAAAAAAAAAAAAAUUCAGCAAUUGCAAACCCAAAACUAAUGUAUAUUUGUAAAAUAUGUAUAUUUGUGUUUUUAUAAUUGUUAUUAAAAAGCAUUUUUAAAACAAAAAUAAAAA